ACCACUCCAGUAUUCUUGCUGGAGAAUCCCAUGGAUGGAGGAGCCUGGUAGGCUACAAUCCACAGGGUUGCAAAGAGUCGGACUCCACUGAGCGACUUCACUUUCACUUUCACUUUUCCUUGAGUGGAGCAUGAUGGCCCAUCUUGGAUUGUGAAAGAAAAAUUCAAAACGACUCCAUAGCACUGCCAUUCUGAGUGAAAACCCCUCCCGGUUAUCAGUUGAUCACUGAUGAAUAUUAUUGCUGGGCAAAUGGAGAUUUAUCAUUAUUUGUCAUAUUAGUCUCUCUACUUUUGUAUAUGUUUGAAGUUUUUGAUUAAAAAAAAAAAAGUGAUGCUGAGAAGAGGAAAAUAGUUUUCCCUGGUGAAUUUGGGCUCUGAACAGAGAUAUGAAUAAAACCACUGUAGAGCAGAAAAGGGGAAAAAAUAAAUUUUUAUGGUUUCAUCUCUCUGUUACCAGCUCAUAUUUUGAUUGCCUAUUUCAUGUCUUUAAACAUAUUAAAUCUUAAUCACACUCUGUUGUUGAUAAACUGUAAUAAAUGUAACAUGGGGAGUCUAAAAAAAAAAAAAAAAGAAAGAAAACCCCUCCCGAGAAGAAGAAAAAAACUUUUUCAAACCAACCAAUCAGAAGGAGACAAGUUGCCCUCCACCCCUAGGCAAUCUAAGAAGGGUGGGAAAGUCCCUCACCCCACCCUCACCCCACCAAGACUUCCUGCUUCCCCUGCUGCACAGUAUGAAUUAGCCAAUCCCCCUAAGCUUCCCUUCCCGCUUCUCCUGCUAUACAGUAUAAAAAAGAUUCGCUGCUUUCACUCGGGGCUCCUUUGCCAUUGUGUGAAGAGAGUCCCUGCUCGAGCUUGUAAUAAAGUUCCUCACUGCUUUUGCAUCGAUCCUUUUGCAGCUCCUGUGGUGUUUGGUGGGAUUCCGCGAUCCGGGUACAACAUUUUGGGGGCUCGUCCGGGAUCCCCCGAGCCCUUCAGGACCCGCGCUUCGGAGGACGAACGGCCGGUAAGCAGUAGCAGCAGCUGCAUCUGUGUCUGUAGGGGGGCCCCAAUCUGUAUCUGUAGCUGGACUUAAACCUAGGCGGACGCGCCGAUAACAGUCUCCAGCAGAAGAUGUCUCUUCCGGCUCCCACUCUGUAGUCCCGGGGGACUACUCUGUACUUUUUUUCUCGGGAUUGUGUGCUGUUAUUUGUCUGGUGUGUUGUCCUGUUUGUUCAUUGUGUGACUGACUGACGAUGGGACAGACCCAAUCUGGAUGCUCUCCGCUCACCUUAAUAAUUGACCAUUUCAAAGAAUUAGAGCUCGAACUCAUAGUCUGAGUAUAGAAAUUAAAAAAUCUCGGAUGGUCAUCUUUUGCAGCGCUGAAUGGCCCAGCUUUAACGUAGGCUGGCCUCCUGAAGGGACUUUCGACUUAAGGACUGUCCGGAGAGUCCAAGAAAUCAUCCUCAGACCUCAGAGCGGACAUCCAGACCAGGUCCCAUAUAUCCUGGUUUGGGAAGAUUUAAUAGUCAGCCCAACCCCUUGGAUCCAACCCUUUUUACCUCCACAGGCAGCGGCAGCCACGGAGAUCCUAGUGGCUGAAGAAAAGAAAAAGCCUCCGGCUGCCCCCUCCGCCCCUGUUUUGCAGGAAGAUUCGACUCUCGAUCUCCUUAUCACACCUCCACCAUACUCUCUCCCUCCUCCUAUUCAGCCCGAACCCCCACUCCCCCAACCUUCCCCAGAAGCUGCUGGGGGAGGACCUGCAAUGAACACCCGAAAUCGCAGGGCCGCCUCCCCUGGGGGGCCUGCCGACUCUACUUCAGCAGCUAUUCUUCCUCUCAGGGCUCUGGGUCCCCCUGAUGCCGAUGGAAAUCAGCCCCUUCAAUAUUGGCCCUUUUCUACUAGUGGUUUGUACAAUUGGAGGACCCAGAAUGCCCCAUUUUCAGAGAGACCUAAAGAGUUUAUUAAUUUGUUAGAAACUGUUCUGUUCACUCAUCAACCUACAUGGGAUGAUUGUCAGCAGCUACUCCAGAUAUUAUUCACCACAGAAGAAAGAGAAAGGAUCCAGCUAGAGGCACGGAAACUGGUGCCGGGAGAUAAUGGGUAAUCCACGGCCAACCCUGAGAUGAUUGACUCUUCCUUCCCUU